AAAAAUAACAGUAAUUCAGUCGAUAUUUGGUAAUCAGCUCGUGUGUACACAUUACCUUAUUGCAAACCAGUGUAAAUAAAUUAAAUUCAUUUUCAACUAUGAGAACCGCGCAAGUUUUAGUCACCUUGGCUGUGUUUGGCAUCUGUUGCCUAACAUUUGCCAACACACUGAAAUGUUUCAGUUGCAACGGUUCGAAAGACUGCAAGAAGCCAAAUAAAUUGGAAUGCAACUCUAAGUUGGCCAAUGAUACACGUACCUAUCUAAAUACAUUAUAUACAGGUGUACCGGGUAUGAAUAUCACCAGCCCGAAUUUUGAAUGCAUGCGCGAUUGGUUGAAGACAUCCUCCAACGAAUUCCAAUACAAGGGUUGCGUAUAUAGUAAUUAUCUGAGUUGCACCUACGCGGUGAAUCCGUAUUAUUCGCAGCGUUAUGAACGUGCUUGUAAUCAAUGCAACAGGGAUGGCUGCAACCCGGCCGCACGUGUUAACGGUAGUUUAAUGACAGUGCUAACAGUAAUUUUCGCAACAGUUUUGUUGAGAUAUUUGAAUAAGUUUUGUUAAAUAAUUCAAUGUAAAAAAGGGGUUGCCACUUGCUUCCAAAAACACUAAUUAACAAUAAAGAAAAAUGUAUUACAAUAUUUUUGCAAUAAGGAUAUUCAAUAAAAUAUAUUUAAUUUCAAAAAUUUUUUAAAUAAAAAAAAUAUUUUUUUUUUAA